GCUGCCCGGCGAGCAUCUCCGUUUGUUUGUAUUCCGAGGACUUUCGUAAACCCGCGCCUUUUCAAAUGUGUUGACAGUGUGUGUCACCCGGCUAGUGAUAACGAUAAACCCGCCGGAGAGAGAUAACGCGGGGCUCCGUUUUCACCGUUCCGCGAGACCUCGAGAUUUAUGUGAUCGCCCGCCUCUCCUCGCCUCGCCUCGCCUUCCUCUAAUCCGACCGCACACGCGGCGUCGCGGGCCGAUUUUUUUCACCGGCAGGAUGCAGCAGCAGCAGCAACAACAGCAACAUUCCGAUCCCGAGAAUAUAUCCUCGGCGGAAGUGCAGGAACUCACUCCCCUUCCGGAUGUCGUUGACGACGAGAUGUCCUCCAACGGGAUCACCAAUCUCACCCUCCAGAGCGUCGCCCUUGGCCUCCAGGGCGCCCUGCUCGCCGCUCUUCAACGCGCGGCUCUCCUGCCGCCGGGACACGCGGCGGCCGCAGCUCUCAAUCUCCAGGCCCUCGAGACGUACCUGACUCUGCAUCGUCUCCACGCGAGCAGCAACGCCUCGGCGAACGUCUCCUCGACGACGACCUCCGUCUCCACCUCCACCUCCACCUCCUCCUCCGCCAGCAGCAACAACAACAACAACAGCAUCAACAACAACAACAACAAUACCUCCGCGAGGAGUUCCUCGUUCCUCCAGAGCAACUGCACCUCCCCCGCCUCCUCAACCGCAACAAAGACUGAUCAUCGUCAACUCGGCGAUGUUUUGCCCGGCUCUACCACCCUCGACGAGGACGACGUCUCGCAUCUGGACUUCGUCACCGAUCCCGAGGAGGACCUCGCCCUGCUCGAGGAGGAGGAAGUCCUCAUGCGGGACAACAACUCGUCGGGAGGUUCCUCGACCCACAACCACGACGCUCUCCUCCAGAGAAUAGCCGCUGACGAAACACCGGCCCCGGCGAUAACUCCCGACGCUAACCUGCUCCAGGCCGCCUCUCUGCUCCCAUCGACGACGGCGACCUCCACCUCCGUCGAGGCCGUCCUAGCCCGGCCCUGCAGAGCCUCGAGACCUAAGAAACAGUUCAUCUGCAAGUUCUGCAACAGACAGUUCACCAAGAGCUACAACCUACUGAUACACGAGAGGACUCACACCGACGAACGUCCCUACAGCUGUGAUAUUUGCGGGAAGGCGUUCAGGAGGCAGGAUCACCUCCGAGAUCACAGGUACAUCCACAGCAAAGAAAAACCGUUCAAGUGCGCGGAGUGCGGCAAGGGCUUCUGCCAGAGUCGGACGUUGGCCGUUCACAAAAUUCUCCACAUGGAGGAAUCGCCCCACAAAUGCCCCGUAUGCGCGCGUAGCUUCAACCAGCGGAGCAACCUCAAGACUCAUCUUCUAACUCACACGGACAUAAAGCCUUACCACUGCUCCUCGUGCGGCAAGGUAUUCCGCAGGAACUGCGACCUCAGGAGGCACUCGCUCACCCACAAUUUGGGGGUCGCCUCCUCGCCCCCGCCCCCCAGCCUUCCUGGACCCGGGACGAGCACCGCCGUGCUCCAGGAAACCUCCUAGCCCCUCUGUCGACUCGAACGGUGUAAUAAUUACGCGAGAAUUAAGCUAAGCCCAUGCUCAUUAGAUCUGUAAUUAUGUCUAUAAUACUGAUUGUAUGUACUGAAAUUAUAAAUCUGACUAUAUAGAGUUUUCUCUAGUAUUU